CGUCUGCUUUUUCCCUCAGCUAUCUCUUUGUCCAAAAAUAUCUUGCUCUCUCUUCGAUUCUCUAGGAUGCCAAACAGAUUUCCAGGAGCCUUGAGCCAGGAUUGGGAGCCAGUGGUUCUCCACAAGUCGAAGCCCAAAGCGCAAGAGCUUCGUGAUCCAAAGGCCGUGAACAAGGCUAUCCGGUCAGGCGCGCCAGUCCAGACCUUGAAGAAGUUCGAUGGCGGUGCGAACAAGAAGGCGGCUCCGAUCAUGAACACGAGGAAGCUGGAUGAAGGAACGGAGCCGGCGGCGUUGGACAGGGUAUCGGUGGAUGUGAGACAGUUGAUACAGAAAGCGAGGUUGGAGAAGAAGAUGAGCCAAGCGGAGCUGGCUAAGCUGAUAAACGAGAGGCCUCAGGUGGUUCAGGAGUACGAGAACGGUAAGGCAGUGCCGAACCAGGCGGUGCUUGCGAAGAUGGAGAAGGUUCUAGGUGUCAAGCUUAGAGGAAAGAUCAGCAAGUGAUGUUGGUUGUUGUUCUUACUGGUGUCUUCUCCGUCGCUCGUGAUUUGGAUUUAGUGCCUCGUGGUGAAAAAGUUUGUAAAUGUUAGCAAAAAAUAAUAAUAAUAUGAUAAGAACUUUAGAGUGAGAGAAAAUGUUUAUCCAUUUUCUUAUUGUUCUUUCAAUUAUUGGGGAGUUUCUAGGUUUGAUCUACCAAUCUCUUAAAAGGGCAAUUACGAUUGGGGUGGGGGGAAGAAUGAUAUGGUGCAAUUUUAUGAGACGCAAUGACCUUAUUGUGUUUGCAUAUGAUGUAAUUUGGAUGUCUAGUAGUUAUUGAUGAUAUAUAUAUAUAUAUAUAUAUGGGCAAAUAGUUUCCCUUAAUUGUGUA